AUGAGCUACAGCGGUGGCGGCGGCGGCAGCUAUGGAGACCAGCGCGGCGGGUACGGGUCACGCAGUAGUGACCACGGCCGGGGGUACGACGACGUCAACCGUCCCGACGGUAGCAGCAGCAGCAGAGGGUACAGUGAUCACCGAGGAGGGGGGUACGAAAGUACCCGCGUCGAGCUCAGCUCCAACGCUGCAGCGUACAGUGCGCGAGCGUACGACGAUCGUGGCCGAGGGGAGUCGUACGCCAGUCGGGGCUACGACACAUCGGGUCACGACGCUCGCAGAGGUCACGGAGGCUCGUCGUACGCUUCGUAUGGCGGUAGUUCAGUGGGGUACGAUAACCGCGGGGGGUACGGUGCGGUGUCCUCUGGGGGGUACGAUCAAGUCCGCAGUGGGUACAGUGAGCGUGGAAGCUACAAAGGCGACGAUGGCAGCUACGGCGGUGGAGGGAGUUCUCGUGGAUAUUCGGCGGGCUAUGAUGAUCGUGGGUACGGAGGUGGCGCAGGAGGCGGUCGAGGGUACGCGAGCCGCAGUGAGCGCGGCUAUGGAGACACUGGUGGUGGCAGUCGCAGCGAGCGCAGCUACGGCGGCGCCAGUAGCGGAGUGAAAGAGGAACGUGGUUUUUAUGGCGGUAGUAACGACCGGGGGUACGGUGGUGGCGGAGAGCGCCGAGGAGGCGAUCGCGGCGGAGACCGUGGAGCAGAUCGUGGAGCAGAUCGUGGAGCAGAUCGUGGCUAUGGACGACGCAAUAAUGUUCCGGGGGAUGAUCGCCGUGGAGGAGAUCGUGGAGCAGGGGACCGUGGAUACGGCAGUGGUGGCCGAGGAGGUGGCCGCUUUGGUGGUGGAGGGGGCCGCGGUGGAGGACGGGGUGAGUCCGGCCCUGGUGUGGGGAAUGUCAACGGCUGUGGGUACGAAGCAAUUGGUGAUCCGUUGGCCGACCCUCGUCUUGAAGACAGCUGGAGUGGACGCGCUGGGGCACGCGAAGUGAGCGCCGAAGACCCAGAUCUCCAGCAGGAAUUUUUCAUUUGCCGUCGUCCCGGGUUUGCUCAAGGCGGCAAGUCGGUACAGCUGCAGGUCAAUUACUUCGGUGUGUCGCUGGAGUCAACUCCGGAUGAGAUUUUCAAGUAUCACGUGAACGUUGAGCGCUCUCCUGACCUGGUGGCGGAUUCGAAGUAUGGUCCGUCCGGCAGUGCCGCCGAGGGACAGAAGACUGAGGCUUCCGGUGAUGAGCCAAAGCAAGAACGAAAAGACGAGAAGGAAGGCAGCGACAACAAGGACGUAGAAAUGAGCGAUGCCUUAGCGCUUCCGAAGCGUGAGCAGCGCCCAGAGCGACCUCUUCCACGCUCUUUGGUGCGGAACGUGAUAAAUGCUGCUCUAAGGCAGUAUGAAGCUGACUUUGGAGGAAUUCGUGUUGUUCACGAUGGCAUGUCUGCCAUGUACGCGCCUGCGAUGCUGCCAUGGGACGCGCACUCUAAGACCUUUGCUGACGUUAACCCGGAUGGCCCUAGUCCGACACCGGCACCUGCACCAGCGGCCAGUGGUACUGAUGCACCACACCGCCCUUUCAGGGGUCCGCGUACAUUUGUGGUGAACAUGAAGCUCGCCGAGACGAUUUCCACGAGUUCGUUGACCGAUUAUUACUCAAACCCGGACGUGAACGUCAUGCCAGUUCUGCAAGCCUUGGAUGUGGCUGCGCGGCAUCUAGGGGCUCAGCGUCUGAUUACUGUGGGUCGCAAUUUCUUUUCUAUGAAGAAAACAUUCCCCCUAAAAGGCGGCAAAGAAUUGUGCUGGGGCUACCACCAGGCCAUCCGCGUUGCUGAUCGUAAAUUGCUUAUGAAUGUGGAUCAAGCUGCCACAGUAUUUUAUGCUCCAAAAGAGCUGCUGGAGCUCGUGCUGCCCGUGUUGAACGCCCGUUCGGUCAACGAUAUUCGCUCCUUGUCCGAGCGCGAUGGAAAAAACUUGGCGCGAGCUUUGCGGAAGAUUGAAGUCGUGCCUACCCACCGCAAAGACCGAAAACGUGCAAUUUUCGGAAUUAGUGCGCUUCCAGCCAACGAAACGAUCGUGAACAUCAAGGGUGAAUCAAUGUCCAUCGCCGACUAUUUCGGCAAGCGAUACAACGUAAAGCUAAGGUACCCGCAUCUACCGCUGGUGAACGUUGGCAGUAAACGACCGGGCAAAGAGAACUGGCUGCCAAUUGAACUGUGUGAGGUGGCGCCAGGACAGCGGUGCGCAAAUAUCAAUGAGCUGGAUACUGCAGAAAUUAUCAGGCAGACUAGCCAGCCUCCACGCGCUCGCCAAGAAACGAUCAUGGAUCAGGUGCGCCAGGCAGGAUUCGAGAACGACCCAUACCUGGCUGCCUUUGGGAUUAAGGUGGAACAGCGUCUCGAAACGGCGAAUGCUCGUGUGAUGGAUCCGCCUGACGUGCAGUAUGCGAAUGUAUCCGAGCGGCCAUCUGGAGGCCAAUGGAAUUUACGGGACAAGCGCUUUGUGGACGGUGCUACAAUGCGCAAUUGGGGAGUUGUCGUCAGCGCUAAUGUUGGAGAGCGUGACGUGCAGAGUUUUGUUCGGACACUAGUAGACAUGGCAGGCAAGAGUGGACUGACGAUUGAAGACAGCAAGCCGCAUACAGUUUACGUUGAUCAGCACCGUGGUGCGCAAGUUGAAGAGCUGAUGAAAAUAUGUUUUCAGGAGAUGGAGGCGCGCAACCAGGGCCCUCCGCAGCUCAUUAUGGUGAUCAAGCAGGAUAAAGGCGUUGGAUCGUACGGCGACAUUAAGCGUAUGUCCGACACAAUACUGGGAAUUCCUAGCCAGUGCAUUGUGUCAUCGAAUGUUCGCAGUGCGAAACCACAGUACUGCGCCAACGUCUGUCUGAAGAUCAACAUGAAGCUGAGUGGAAAGAAUUCGAUCUUGCGCGAGUCUUUACCGUUGGUGAGCGAUGCUCCGACUAUCAUUAUUGGCGCUGAUGUGGAGCACCCUCGUGCGGGCAUGGGCUCACGACCGUCUAUCGCUUCUGUUGUUGCUUCACUGGAUCGCUACUCGGCAAAGUACGUUGCUCGUGUCGCUGCGCAGAAGGCUUCUAGUGGCAUUCAGCUCUUGCCACAUAUGCUGCGCGACCUCUUUUUGGCGUACUACCGAAGCACUAGUCGAAAGCCAGAGCAUGUCAUCUACUAUCGUGAUGGUGUGAGCGAGGGCCAGUACUAUGACAUCUUGCAGACGGAGAUGCGUGCGCUUCGCAAGGCGUUCAAGAUGAUCUCUGACGAUUACAACCCACCUGUGACAUUCAUCAUCGUGAACAAGCGCCACCACAUGCGUGCUUUUCCUGUAAACCCGCGCGAAGCCGAUCGGAAGGGCAACGUGGUUCCUGGAACGGUGAUUGACUCUGGAAUCGUGGAUUCGCACCGCUUCGACUUCUUUUUGUACGGCCAUAGCGGCAUUCAAGGCACAAGCGUUCCCUGCCACUACACUGUACUGCACGACGAGAACAAACUGUCGGCGGAAGACGUGCAACGUCUGACGUACCAUCUUGGGUAUACGUUUGCUCGAUGCACUCGGUCGGUGUCGUUUGCCACGCCUGCUUACUACGCGCAUUUGGCUGCCGGUCGUGCGCGCUUUUUCCUUAAUGAGAGCUCAGAUGGUGCGUCUACGGUGGGAUCGCUCAACUCGAGCUCGUCCAAUUUCGACUUCACGGCGCUGCACAAUGACCUCAAGAAUUGCAUGUUUUUCAUCUAG